AUGGCCACAUCAACGUCCUCCUCCUCCUCGGGCCUCAAAUUCUACAUCCACCCCCAAGAAAUCAUCUCCGAAACUCUAAUUCCAAGCCUCUACAACAACCUCCCAUACAGUAACCCCAUCUACAGUCGCAUGCUCGCUCCGCACAACACACCUUCUAGACACUGUCUCUUCGCCUCCACUUUCCCUCCACACACUCCCAUUCGCGAGAUCUACACCAUCAUCUUCUCAGAUCGAUCCCGCAAAACCGAAUCGCAGAUCUGGAUUUUCAAUCCUCUGAUCACGCCUUCCUAUGCAAAACCUCUCUCGGAUGAACAUGCAUCUCUUCUCUCCACACAUCUAAAACUCGUCCUCGUUUUCCUCAAAAAUACAGAGAUCCCCCAAGCUCCCGGAUUCCCUUUCGAUCCCAUCCUCAAAUUCGCAUGUUUACAUGAACACCACCCCCACCCCCCCACCUCCCUCAUCCCCUCCCGCGUCCCCGCCUCCCACAUCAACCUCGUAAUCUCCACCUCCAGCAUCCCCCGCGAACCCAGUACUCUCCUCGCACAACCCUCUCUCUGUCUCCUCACCCCUGAAUCCGAAAUGGUAGCAUGGGCUUUCGUAGGCAUCGACGGCACGCUCGCAACUCUCUACGUUCUUCCUUCUCACCGUGGUCUCGGUCUCGCUACUUAUGUUGCGCGCGAACUCAUUCGUCGUUUUGGGAUAGGAGAAUUUGCGGAUUUGGGGUUCAAUGGGUCGAGUGGCUUUGUGCAUUCCGAUGUGAAGGAAGGGAAUGCAGGAAGCGAGGGGGUGAUGAGGGCGUUGAGAGGAAAGAGGAGUUGGGAGAGUAGUUACCUUUGGGUUGAUUGCGCGGUGGUGCAUGAGGUUUGUGGAUGA